UCCCAGCUUCCGGUGUAAACGGAAGACAGCAGAAGAGAGCAGUACUGCCUUGUAACGUCAAGUGUGCAGCACAUGGACGGAGAAAGACAGUCUUAUUAUUUGUUAUCCAGUUUGAAAUAUUUACGUCGUAUAAAAUACAUAUUUGAUUCUUUCUUUAAGGAUAAAGUGGUCUCGAUGCGCUAGAAGCACUGUGCCGCUUCUCGUGCUAUCUUUGCUUGUUAGUUAGCUUAGCUUGUUAGCUGCUAACAAAGAGACGCGGACGUUAUCAACACAUCGCUAAGUAGAGAUCAAAUGUGUGAGUAAAGUGUUGUGAUUGUGUGAAAAUGUGCGAAAGAACGAUAGCAAAGUAUGAGGAGGAACUUUGUCGUACAAAAGAGGAGAAGGAGCGACAACAUCAACUACUGGACGCUGUUUUCAAGAAACAUCAAGUUGUGUUACACAGAACAGACGUCCAGCAGCCUCCUCACAUUAAAGAGGAAGGGGAGGAUCCACAGCCCCCCCACAUGAAAGAGGAAGAGGAGGAAGUGUGGAUGAGUCAGGAGGGAGAGUGUCCUGUAGGGCAGGAGGAGGCUGAUGUCAGCAAGUUUCCACUGACUGUUGUCUCUGUGAAGACUGAAGAGCAUGAAGACAAACCACCUGAGUCCUCACAGCUUCAUCACAGUCCAAACGUCCAGCAGGUGUCAGCAGAGAGUCAUGAAGAGAUUCCCUCCAAGCAGCAGGAGUGGAGCUCCAGUGUGGGACAGAAGAAGCUCGAGCCCACUCAUAUAGAGGAAGAAGAGGAACUGUGGGAGCAGCUUCCAAGGUUGGAGGAGGUUAAUGACGAAGAUGAUAUAAAGUCAGAACCAGACAGCAUCUUUGCUCCACUGUCAGACAUGGACCACAUGAUGUCAGACUCUUCUGAUCACAGUGACCACAUCCAAAAACCUUUGAAGAGUAAAAAUGACUCUGAAGGUGAUACGAGACAUCAAAAUAACAACAAACACUUUGACUGCUCUGAAUGUGAAAAAUCUUUUAGACAUAAGAGUAAUUUUACAGUACACAUGAGAACACAUACUGGAGAGAAACCUUAUACUUGCCAUGUUUGUAAGAAGAGUUUCUCCAGAAAGCAAUACAUGACCACACACAUGACAAUACAUACUGGAGAGAAACCUUUUACUUGCUCUGUUUGUAAGAAGAGUUUCCCCAGAAAGAAUGACAUGACCACACACAUGAGAACACAUACUGGAGAGAAACCUUUUGCUUGCUCAAUUUGUGCUAAAAGAUUCAACGCUAAGAGUGUCAUGAUAUUACACAUGAAAACACACACAGGUGAGAAACCUUUCACUUGCUCUGUCUGUAAGAAGUGUUUCAUCAGUAAGCAUCACAUGACCACACACAUGAGAACACACACUGGAGAGAAACCUUUUACUUGCUCCGUCUGUGAGAAGAGUUUCUCCUCAAAGCCAAACAUGACCACACACAUGAGAACACACACUGGAGAGAAACCUUUUACUUGCUCUGCUUGUUUGAAGAGUUUCUCCAGAAAGAUUGUCAUGAUCACACACAUGAGAACACAUACUGGAGAGAAACCUUUUAUUUGCUCUGUUUGUAAGAAGAGUUUCUCCAGAAAGCAACACAUGACCACACACAUGAGGACACACACUGGUGAGAAACCUUUUCCUUGCUCUGUUUGUAAGAAGAGUUUCUCCAUGAAGCCUGACAUGACCACACACAUGAGAAUACAUACUGGAGAGAAACCUUUUACUUGCCCUGUUUGUAAGAAGAGUUUCUCCAGAAAGCAAUACAUGACCACACACAUGAGAACACACACUGGAGAGAAACCGAUUGUGUGAUAAAACAAUCAGGUUUAAGUAUCAGGUCAGUAAUUACAAGUGUGUAACAGUCAUGGAAGCUGCAGGGAUUUAAAAACACUCAAACAGUGAUUGUGCUAAAUGUACUUUAAAAACACAGCAUGAUUAAUAUGAACGUAUAUCUUAUGUUCAAUGUUGUGCUUCUUAUCUUCUACUCUUAUAUGUUGUCCUGGAAUGACUUUUUAAGUUGUGUGCAUUUAUUGAACAUUAUAAAUGUUUCUAAAUUUGUAUUCUAAUUUCCCAUUGUUAAAGAGAGGUCAUAUUUUUUUAUUAUUUUUUUUCACACAUUUGUUCCAUUGCAUUUUAUUGAUGUUAUUCUCCAAUUAAAAGUACGAAUUAAUAAAAUU